UGGUGACACACCUGACUCCCCACUGCAGUGACGCUGGGCAAACUCCAAUGCUGACUUCCAGAGCCAAAGGUGCAGCUCAGCCUGUUAGUUGUCUUUCUGGUAUCUCUAAGCAUCCAGCCAGAGUGCCGGCCAUCAAGAAGCAGUAUGCAUCCAUCAGUGCCAAGUAUAAAGGGCCAGGACCUGGGAAGUAUGGUAGGCAGCCUCUCACUGGCAUUAAGGACCAUGACUUCACCAAGUAUGCUGAGCCAGCCUACACAAUGCGUGUGAAAUCCAGUGAAAGAUUGAUCUCGAUCACGGAGAGUCCUGGGCCCUGCUACUAUGUGGACCCAAGCAUUUCCCGCCUAGGGAUAUGGAGACCAGUUUCAUUCCGCAUGGUGCAAGAGAGAAAGCGGCCAUUUAUAUCUUGUACACCUGCCCCAAAUGAGUAUUACGUGGAGAAGAUACACCCACUUGAAGAGCCGAAUGCACCAGCGUACACUAUGGGCCUUCGAACACACUACUGGGUGAGCAGCCCAAACCCAGCACCCAACCAAUACACCCUUCCACAGACACUGGGUCCCAAGCUGCCUGUCAAACCUGCAGCUCCCUGCCUCUCGAUGGCAUCCAGUGCCUCUGUGUGGGGCUAUGCUAAAGACCUGGUGAGAGGGCCUGGCCCAGCAAUGUAUACCAUACCUGAACCAGAUGUUUACCUGUGCCACCAGCCAUCCUACAGCAUCUCCCAAAGGUUUGCUUCCUCCAGCAAGCACUAUACGCCAGGACCCCCUGACUACAAUGCAGAGCUGGUCACCGCUGACAAACCCAGAGCCCCACGGUUCAGUCUUGGGAUUCGUCACUCUGAGUAUUCUCAUGGCACGCCUCCAGUUUGUUUACUCAGAGAGUGAGGGUGGACUCACAGGCCACAGAGGUGACUUGCUCCUUUGGGAAGACCCACCUCCAAAUA